UGUUCUGGUUUCUCUAGUUGCAGCCACGUCGGAUCAAAAAGCAAUACUGACGUGGACUGGCAGUCCACUGUUGGAUUAAAGGGAAAUCGGGUUUUCCUUUUCUUCAUUGUUUCUCUUUGCUAUUUUUGAGAAAGAUACAAUUUUAGAACCUAAGAAUUGUACUACUGCUAUAUACUAAACUAAAGAUUCAUUGUAAUGCAUUGAAUUAUUGAUGAUUAUUGAUGCAAUGAAUUUGCAUCCAACAUCUCCACAUGCAAUCUUCAACCCCAAAAACGAGGUUUUUAGUCCUUCUCCGUACAAUCACAACAUCAGCCACCGGCCGCAGCUACCAAAGAGCUGCGGCGGAACACGGCUUCCUUUUUCUCCUCCACUCUUGUAACACCUUCUCAAACCUCCUCCAAAUCCAAACCCAAAUUCUCAAAUUGGGUUUCCAAAACAACCCUUUAAUUCUCACCAAAUUUGCAUCCAAAUCUUCUGACCUCAACUCCAUUGACUACGCUCAUUGCUUCCUCUUUUCACCCCACUCAAACACCCAUUUCUAUGAUGCUUUCCUUUUCAACACUAUUAUCAAGGCUUAUGCUCAAACUGGGAACUUAAAGGCCAAAGCAUUAUGGGUUUUGAAUUUCAUGCUUGAAUCUGAAGUUUUGCCUAAUAAUUUCACGUACCCAUUUGUUUUAAAGGCCUGUGCUGGCAUCGGGGACUUGAAUUUAGGCAUGUGCGUUCAUGGGUCGUUGUUGAAAUUUGGUUUUGAUGGGAAUAAUCAUGUUUUAAACACAUUAGUUCACAUGUAUUGUAGUUGCAAAGGAGGGAUUGAGUUCGGUCGGAAAGUGUUUGAUGAAAUGACGAAAGAGGACUCUGUCCCAUGGAGCGCUAUGAUUGGUGGGUAUGUUCGUUUGAGGUGGUCAGAGGAUGCCGUUGACUUGUUUAGGCAGAUGCAGAUAGAAGGCGUUUGCCCUGAUGAGAUUACAAUGGUUGCUGUGUUGUGUGCAUGUACUGAUUUAGGUGCACUGGAACUUGGGAGGUGGGUUGAGUCUCUUAUUGAGAAGAAUAGAGUGAAUAAAUCUGUGGAGCUCAAUAAUGCGCUUAUUGAUAUGUUUGCCAAGUGUGGUGAUGUUGAUAAAGCUAUGAAAUUGUUUAGGACCAUGAAUGAGAGAAGUAUUGUUUCUUGGACUUCAGUCAUUGUUGGUUUAGCGAUGCAUGGGCGUGGAUUGCAGGCUGUUUCUUUGUUUCAUGAGAUGCUAAGGGAUGGAGUGAUGCCAGAUGAUGUUGUUUUUAUUGGAUUGCUCUCUGCGUGUAGUCAUUCUGGAUUAGUCGAGAAGGGAAAGGAAUAUUUUGAUUUGAUGAGGAAGGAAUUUGGUAUUUUGCCUAAAAUUGAACAUUACGGAUGCAUGGUAGAUCUGUUAUGUAGGGCUGGACUUGUUAGAAAGGCAGUGGAGUUUGUUCAACAAAUGCCUAUUGAGCCAAACUCUAUUGUUUGGCGAACCCUGAUAAAUGCUUGCCGUACACAUGGUGAACUGAAGCUGGGAGAGAGCAUUGCCAGACAAGUAAUUGAAAAUGAGCCUAUGCUUGAGGCCAAUUAUGUCCUACUUUCCAAUAUUUAUGCAAAGCUGUUUCAUUGGGAGAAGAAAACCAAGAUUAGGGAGGUGAUGGACAAAAAGGGGAUGAGAAAGAUCCCAGGGAGCACCAUGAUUGAGAUAAAUAAAAAAAUUUAUAAAUUUGUUGCUGGAGAUGUGUCACAUAAUCAGUACAAGGAAAUAUUUCAGAUGGUGGAUGAGAUGGGAAGAGAAAUGAAGAGGGUUGGGUAUGUUCCUUCUACCUCAGAGGUUAUGCUUGAUAUUGAUGAAGAAGACAAGGAAGAUAAUUUGAAUAGGCAUAGUGAAAAGCUGGCCAUUGCUUUUGCUCUUAUAAAUACACCAGCAGGGACUCCUAUCAGGAUUGUGAAAAAUCUGCGAGUUUGUAAUGAUUGUCAUUCUGCCUCUAAGCUUAUAUCUAAGAUAUAUAAUCGAGAAAUUAUAGCGAGGGAUCGGAAUCGCUUUCACCAUUUCAAGGAUGGUUUAUGCUCAUGUAAGGACUUCUGGUAACAAAGUAAUUACAGUCUUUUGUCGGUUGGCUAGUUGGAAUCUUGAGAAUUAUAGAGCAAUUGAUCAUUUUCUGUAUCCUUUGUCAUAAAUCAAGAGAAAUGAGCGUUGCGGAAGUUGGAUACAGGGACAAACUUUUGAGCACAAAUAGGAUGAACAUGUAUGUCUUGUUCAUCAAAGUAUGAUCUACCCAGAUGGUCCAAAAUAACAUGUGUCUAACCUCUUGAGAGAAUAUCACUUAGAAGUAUUUGCUGUAUGCAAUUUGAAAGUGGUUUACUUCACCAACAGUCUUCAUGUAAAGAAACUUUUAUGCUUCCUCUUGAUUUAUUACUGGAUCUCCAUCUUCAAGAACUAUUUUUUGGUAUGGAUUAUAGAAGACUACAGUUAGCCCAAAGCCUUGAUUUAAAGUGGGGUCAACAACUAACCAAAAAAAGGAAAGGAGAGCCAGCAAGUAGAAGUAACAUAAAAAAAAGGAUGGGGGAGUCGGCUGCUUGUUCAUAGGGUUGAAUUUUACUGUGAUUCUAUGUAGUCUCGAGAAACGAAUAAAUCUGAAACCGCCAUGUGAUUCUAUGUGCAUGGAUUUUGUUAUUGGAGCUCAUAAUUCAUGUAGAAUUCUCACCCAAUAAAUCUGAAUGAUUUUCAAAUUGCAACGAGUGACUUUAUGAAAUGUGUGAGCGUGCAUUUAAGUACUUACCUGUUGUGUUCAUACGUAUUGUGGGGAUAAUCCUGGCCCGCCCCAGGUAGAGUGUCAUGGGUAGCGCGUUCUUUAUAUCGAAAUUAUGCGUCUGUGUGGCAUCAAAAUUACUUUUAGUCGAGAUUAACCUUUUUCAAAUCUAUUUCUUAGUUAGAA